CGAUUUAAUUUUGUCCAUACUGCUGCCGAACGAGUGUUAGCUUGUGCUGUCUAGUGAGAGGCGAAGGUAGAUUGAAUUUAUGUUUGUAAUUCUUUGCAGAGCAUCAUACUAAGUUUAAAAGCAACGUAAGGCACAAUCGAGCUUUGUGUAUCUACUCACUGCGGGAGAGCUACUUUGUUUCUGUUUUAGAGUGAACGUUUCAAUGCAAACUGCCUAGAAUGUAAACCAGAACCGCUUCAGUGUUGGAUUCACGUGGUUUCAGUUUGUAUGGUGGCCGUUCGUCCCUAUUCGUACAUUAAAUUUGGUGUUUGUUCUGCUAUUAAGCUAAGCAAACAGCAGAUUAUCCUAUCCCGUUUUCUAAACCCCCCAAAAAUUGAAAAUAAAUCUGAGAUGAAGAAGCAAGACACAGAGGAGUCAGUCACCCAGGAAAAGAAGGAUGUGGGGACUGCAGCGGACGUAACGGAGUCCCCUGCGGUUCCGAAGGAGGACGUGGACAGCGGCAUUCCCAAAGAGUCCAAAACGCCGCCUCAAAGCGAUAAGGCAGUGAGUGAAGAUGCAGCGGCCCAGUCUCGGUGCGACAAGGCUAACGAUCUGAGCCGGCAGCUGGAGGACAUCCUCAGCAUCUACUGCCGGGAGAGCCUUUCGGGCGACUCCGGCGGCCUCGCCAACGGCCAGUCCCAAGGCCUCGAGAUCAACGGGCUCGCCGACGACAAAGAGGACCGCGGGGCCGCGGCUGGCAAGGUCAAGGGGGGCGCCGGUGGCGCAGUCAAGGAGCAGAAGAAGAUGCAGGAUAAGAAGAAAGUGAAGGGGCUGGGCAAAGAAAUCACCCUCCUCAUGCAGACUCUCAACACAUUAAGCACACCCGAGGAGAAGCUAACGGGGCUCUGCAAGAAGUACGCCGAACUGCUGGAGGAGCAUCGUAACAGGCAGAAGCAGAUGCGGGCGCUGCAGAAGAAGCAGACGCAGCUGGUGCAGGAGAAGGACAACCUGAGGAACGAGCACAGCAAGGCCAUCCUGGCGCGCAGCAAGCUGGAGAGCCUCUGCAGGGAGCUGCAGAGGCACAACCGCACACUCAAGGAGGAAGGGAUACAGAGGACCCGCCUCGAGGAGGAGAAAAGAAAGGAGGUGACGUCGCAUUUUCAGGUGACGCUCCACGAAAUCCAGGUCCAAAUGGAGCAGCACAACGAAAUGAACGCCAGCCUGCACCAGGAGAACACGGAGCUGGCCGAGAAGCUCAAGAAGCUCCACGAGCAGUACAAGUUACGAGAGGAGCACAUCGACAAAGUGGUGAAGCACAAGGACCUGCAGCAGCAGCUGGUGGACACCAAACUCCACCAGGCCCAGGAACUGCUCAACGAGUCGGAGGAACGCCACAACACAGAAAAACACUUUCUGCUGCAGGAGGCGCUCGAGUCUCAGCGGAUGUGCGAGCUGAUGAAGCAGCAGGAAGGCCACCUCAAACAGCAGCUUUCGCUGUACACGGAGAAGUUCGAGGAGUUCCAGACCACCUUGUCCAAAAGCAACGAGGUCUUCGCCACGUUCAAACAGGAGAUGGAGAAGAUGACAAAGAAGAUCAAGAAGCUGGAAAAGGAGACGGCCAUGUAUCGCGCCCGAUGGGAGAGCAGCAACAAGGCUCUUCUGGAGAUGGCCGAGGAGAAAUCUUUACAAGACCGCGAAUUUGAGGCCCUCCAAGGUAAAGUCCAGCGGUUGGAGAAGCUGCGGCGCGCCCUCAAAGUGGAACGCAACGAGCUCAACAAGAAGGUCCAAAAGCUCAGCGGCACCCCGGCGCCGCCCGCCGCCGACUGCGAAUGCCCCUCCCCGACACCCGCGGACUCUUUGCCAGAAGGCGCCGGCAAAAGCGGCCGGGCCGCCGCCGCCGCCGAGGCCAGCACCCAAAGCCCACCCCGUGACGCCGAACUGAAUACGGAAAACCGAGCGGAGGCGGCUCGGCCCACCACCGCGCAGCAAUGAUGGUCGCUCGGAACCACAACCGGAACACCGCUCACCUCACGCAAACGUAACCUACACGUUUUUUUUUUAAUUCUCGCUUCAAAUCAGCGUUUUGGAAUCACUUGACAAGUUGAAAUGACCACUGCUCAUUAUGAUUGUUAGCGGGAGGGAGUGAAAUUUCGAUAAAAAUGUAUAUAUAUUUUUUUUAAUUUAAGUUGGAGUAUUUGGGGAGUAUCCCAAAUUGGAAACAUUGGAAUUUCAUUAAUUAACAUUAAUUUCUUAGUUCAGCUUGAUAUAAAAUUCAAAAUAUUUGGAGCAAUCUUUUUAGUUUGAAUGGAAAAAUUUACUCAUACAUCCCGAUACUUGCAUGAAAUCUUGUCAGAAUGUUUCCCCCACCCCGACUGGUCCCUCUUACCUCCUGACCUCCAGUUUAAAUUCCCGUCAUAUUUGCGUCGGUUCCCAUGGGACGUUUCCAACUUGAAAAAUAUGACGUACAUUUUUUUUAUUUUAUUAUUUUUGCAACCUCACUCGUCAUCCUCGGCGUGUAUUUCAAUUCGAGUGACUUCACAUUCCCCCUCCGACACACUUGAUUGCUUAAAGAGCCAAUAACAUCACACGUAGUGAGUACUACUUGACGGAAUUCUUAAAAGAUGUCAUGUCUAAUAUUAGCCAGUAAUAUGAAUGUACUCGGCGUACUUUGCCGCGUGCGUUUGUGUUUGGGGGGACCGCUAUGCAACACACGCUUCCUUGCUUUGGUUCUGUGGAAAGCACUUAUAGAAUGUACUGUAACUUCAUCAUACCACAAUGAUUUAUCGAUAUUCAUCGCUGACAGGCUUUGAGUGUUACCUCAUGUUCAAACCUUCACAAUGUAGGAAAUUCUGAAUAUUUGUAUUUUUUUUUUUGGUCCUCAAACAUGUAUUUUCUUCUUUGGACGUGAAUUUUAAUGCUAAUGAUGCCGUAGCGCCGGAAAGUAAUGUAAUUCCUUUCCUUCGUCUCGCGCAACAGAUUCGUUGAACACGCAAAAGAACCAAAGAUAUUCCUUGUUUCUUUUGCUGUGGUUUGUCUGACCUACACUUUUUGUUAAAUAAAAAAUAUCAAGUGUGA